AGAGGACUUCUGUAAGUCAGACAGGAGAUAGUGAGGGCUUCUGUAAGUCAGACAGGAUAUAGUGAGGACUUCUGUAAGUCAGACAGGAGAUAGUGAGGACUUCUGUCUUUGGCUGUGGGGUUUUUUGAUCAUUACUUAAUCGGACUUGUGCUUAUAAUUUUGUUAGUUCUCUUAGUAUAAAAAUGAAAGUCAUCACUAUAUUGAUUCGCUGUUUGAUGUACAUCAUUUUAUGUACUUCAUCAAAAGCAGAUGUAAAACCCCAAAGCUACGUGAUGAAAUCUUCACUUGACAACAAAGUGUCGAAUGUCAGCCUCAUGGCAAUACAUCAUGCGGAGUCCCUCGCUAAAUGUUCCGCUAUAUGUGGUGGUGAACGUUGUGCAUGUUUUGGUUUUAAUCCCCAACUACAGAAAUGCCGCAUCCAUCAAUCAUGUGACCAAUCAGACAUAAUCAUUAUUGAAAGAGGAUGGAGGAAUUUUUAUCCUGACGUGCAACAUUUGCAUAAAAGCUGUAUGGAGAUUUUACAAAGUUACCCAGACGUGGAAGGAAAAGAUGGGGUAUAUUCAAUAAACGUCAAUGAUCAGGAAAAGAAAGUGUACUGUGACAUGACUACAGAUGGAGGGGGCUGGACGGCUAUCCAAAAACGACAGGAUGAUUCCACAUACUUUUAUAGGAGUUGGACAGAUUACAAGAAAGGAUUUGGAGACCCAUCCAAAAACUACUGGAUUGGAAACGAUGCAAUUCAUCUUUUAACAAAGACAGAUCAGGAACUACGAGUGGAGCUGUUGAGUUUUUCUGGUGAGAAAGCACACGCCCUGUACUCCGCAUUUCAAGUUGAAGACGAGAACAGUAAAUACCGGCUUACAGUAUCGGGGUACUCAGGAACGGCUGGAGACAGUUUGGAUUACAGUAAUGGACAGAAAUUCACUACACGUGAUCAGGAUAACGAGAUGUGGAACAUCGGUAACUGCGCGGUACACCAUCAAGGAGCCUGGUGGCACGCUAACUGUACUUACUGCAACCUGAACGGGCAGUACGCCAAUUAUGCUAAGUUAGAUUGGACUAGCCCGUACUGGUAUGAUUGGAAAGAAGAAAUGGCGUUAAAAGGGACCGUAAUGCAGAUCAGACCUAAGAAUUAACAUCAAUAUAUAUCGUGCUUAACAGAUCUGUUAACAUCAAAGGACACCGCGCUUAACAGAUCUUUCAACAUAAUUGUAGACCGUGUUUAAUAGAUCUGUUAACAUCAAUAUACACCACGCUUAACAUAUGUCUUAACAUCAAUAUGUACCGCGCUUAACCGAUCUGUUAACAGCAAUAUAGACUGCUCUUAAACAGAUUUUUUAACAUCAAUAUAUGCCGCGCUUAACAUAUCUGUUAACAUCAAUAUAUACCGCGCUUAACAGAUGUGUUAACAUGCAUAUAUACCGUGAUUGACAUAUCUGUUAACAUCAAUAUAUACCGCGCUUAACAGAUGUGUUAACAUGCAUAAAUACCGUGCUUGACAGAUCUCUUAACAUCAAUAUAUACCGCGCUUAACAGAUCUGUUAACAACAAUAUAUACCGCCUUAACAGAUCUGCUAACAUUGAUAUUUACCACGCUUAACAGAUCUGUUAACAGCAAUAUAUACUGCGCUUAACAUAUAUGUUAACAUCAAUAUAUACCGCGCCUAACAGAUCUGUUAACAGCAAUAUAUACUGCGCUUAGCAUAUAUCUUAACAUUAAUAUAUACCGCACUUAACAGAUCUGUUAACAUCAAUUUAUACUGCACUUAACAGACAUGUUAGCAUCAAUAUGUACAGCGCUUAACAGAUUUGUUAAAAUCAAAAUAUGUAGCGCGCUUAAGAGAUGACAAAAUUGUGUCCUAAAGAUACUUAUUUUACAUCAUAAAUCUAUGAUGAAAGCAGGUGGUGAUCCGGGUUAGAAUAUAUCGUCAGUACCCCUUGCUUGUCGUAAAAUAUUACUAAAUAGGGCUGUUCUUCGAAUGAGAGGGCAAAAACCGACGUACCAUGUCACUGCAGGUACUGCGCGAUAAAGAUCCCUCUCUGCUCAAAGGCCGAAAGCGACGAGCAUAGGCCUAAAUUUUGCAUCCCUUCACCACCAAUGGUGACGUCUGUAUGCGAGUGAAACUUUCUAUGAAGUGGGAUAGCAACGGAUGGCUCAUCAAUACCAAUGAAAGUAUACGUAUUUUAACAAUUUAACCGUUAAGUAGUGAAUGGUAGCACGUCGUGUGGAAUGACUAUAUUAUAUGUAUAUAUAAUUCUGUCAAACAAAUGAUCAACAUAGUAUAUGUACUACAUGAUCUGUAUUAUUUUGAAUAAUACAUUAAUGUUUGUGGUGUAUUAUUAAUCAUCAUGAUACUUUGUUGUGCAUAUUGUAAAUAUGUAUGCCAUUGAAUGUGUUCUAAAAGAAAUAGUUUGUAUUUCAGAUAAUGAUCAUCAUAGAGAAAGUUAUUUUGAUUCAUGCAAAUAAUCAUCAUAACGACAUCUUAUUUUGACAUAGGCACCUAUUUUGCAUUACAAACAACUAAACUUAGGUAACCUGAAUUCUGUAGAGGUACAAUUCCUUAAUUGUUCAAGACUUUCGUCUCAUUAAUGUUCAUUCAUUAUUGUGGGGUGGUGAAUUUCUUGUUCAAGAUAAAAAAAAAACAUGGCUUUUCUUAGCUUUUGGAAAGAUAUUCGUUAGACUGGCCGUUUUAAUUUUGCUCCAAGUUAAUAUCUAAGCGAUAAAUGAUGUAACAAUGUAAGCGAUAUAUACUAUGAUACAGUAUCACGCUUUUUUUACACAUAUAAAUAUCUAAAUAGUUAUUUAUAAAUGCUAUGAUAUAUGUAAUUGUAUAAUACGUAUUUCUUCAAUAAAUCGCUUAUGCAC